CCUAAGCAUUUGUCAAGCAAUCCCAAACCCAACACCACAAUGAUUCUUAAGCUGUCAUCAUUUUUUGUUUUAUUGCUCCAGUGCACAGCUUUGCCGCACUUAUAUAGGGUUAUAGACUGCGAUGACCCACAAACUCAUGAAGCAGCAUUAUUUGCUCUACAACACAUUAAUUUGAAUCAUAAUCACGGAUACAAGUAUGCUUUGAGCCGUGUUGAGGAUGCAAAAGCAUACACUAAGAACCAGGAUCAUGUAAUAUACAUUCUAGAGCUGGAUCUUCUGGAGACAAAAUGUCCUUCUGUCAGCCCAACUCCAGUAGACCAAUGUAUUGUAAGGCCACGUAACGAACAGGCUGUGGAAGGAGACUGUGAUGUUAAAAUUCAGAAGCUGCAUGGCAAUUAUACUGUACUUGGGGUGAGGUGCAAAUCCGAAUUAGAUUCAGCAGAAAAUGUAUUUCCUGUCUGUCCUUUAUGUCACCUGGCUCCUUUGAAUGACACAAACGUUAUCCAUGCAGUUGAUGUGUCCCUUGUAAACUUCAAUGCUGGAAAUAACACUGUGUUCUACCACCUACAUGAAAUUGGUCGGGGGCAAUUCCAGGCUGCAAACAGUGUGCGUGUUGAAUUUGUUGUAGCAGCAUCUAACUGUUCCAUAGAAGAAGCAAAUUCAGGUCUGAGUGCAUGUGUGGCGAAAACUGGAGCUGAUGCUCAAUAUGGUGGGUGCGUUAGUACAGUUGUCCCAAAUCCUGCUCUACAGGAGGAGACUGUCAAUGUGCAGUGCAACAUCUAUGGACCACAGCCUGCACAAGAUCAACAAGCAACAGUACAAGAUGUACCUGUGGUACCACAGCAACCGAAAGUGCAUGGGCAUUAUCACCAUAACCUCUAUCAUUCAAGUUUGUGGCCACACUCAUCUGAAUCAAGUUCUGCAGAGCAUCACCACAAAGCUAUUGGCAAGCCCGUGGUCAGAAGGUCACUGACUGGUGAGCCUGUACCCCCAAAUACACUGCAAAGACCACUAUGUCCGGGGAGAAAAAUUUUCUUUUAAUCGCCUACCGCUUGAAAAAAGUUAAAUGCAAACCAGUGAAUAAGUAGGACACAAUUAGUUGCAUGUUUGUCUAUCAUGUUUCAUAUAUUUAGGAGUUUAAAAGAUUUUUUUUCCCACACAAAGCCUAAAUAAUAAAUGUUGACAGGUAAGAAAAUGGCACAAAAAAAAUUGUUGUACAAUCAAGCUUGCAUACAUAUUUUCAGACAGAUAUGCUGAAAUGAUGGAAUUGUCAGUGGAGUGCAAACAGCAAUAUCAACAAAACCUCUCCUCCUGCUUAAUAUGUUUGAACCACAAAUUGGCGACCAAAUGUUGUACCACAUAUAUCAUAAUUCUCUACCACCUAACUUCGGUAGUCCAAUAACAGUAGAAGGGCCAAGGUUGAACACGAUUCUUCUAAACAUGCAGUUCAUUACAGCUCUGUAUUUGAAAAUAACAAAAAUUAAGAGCCUUCUUUCAAUCAUAUUCAUAAAACUAAUCUUCUCAAUAAAAAUUACACAGAAUUUUAAAAAACUCUAAAUCAAUAAAGGCCUCAUUGUCUGCUUUUCAUUUGUAUGUAUCACCCUGUUUGAGCUCAGGAAAUGAAUCUAGAACACUUCACUGUUAAAUUAGAAAUUGUAUUUGACAGGUGUUUGCUUAUAUAUCCAAUGGUGCUAAACUUUACUGUAAUGCCACGUGUGGAUUUAUGAAUUACUAAAACAUGCUGUGACAACAUUUGGUCCAGUACAAACAAUAAAUCAAAUGGUGCUUCUUUUUUCCUAAUAAAAAAAAUAUUGCUUACUA